GAGCUGUCUUUUUUAGUCUGCUGCUUUCUUGCUUCUCUCUCGUAUUAUCAUUUCAACAAACACCAAAAUACAUUUCAAAGAUUUCAGGAGCUCUUCGCAAUUUCCGCUCCUAUUUCCUUUCCCCCCCCCUCUCUCUGGCUCUCGCUGUCAUAAGAGAGAAGGCCGCCCUCCCGAGAUCCAUUUUCUUUCCUCCCCAGGUGAUUCCAUUUUAUCAGUGUAUGAAGAAUAGCUGAAGAUAGCUCCAUUUGAAGUCAGCUGUGUGACUUUGCCUUAUAGCACUUUUUGUUUUGAACACCAGUUACGAUGAAGAAAGCCUUUGAUCAAACUGUUAGGGAUCUUAAGAGAGAGGUGAACAAAAAAGUGCUUAAAGUUCCUGGAAUUGAACAGAAGGUUCUUGAUGCUACUAGCAAUGAGACCUGGGGUCCUCAUGGAUCCCUUCUUGCAGAUAUUGCACAGGCAUCCCGAAACUAUCAUGAGUACCAAAUUAUCAUGGCAGUAAUCUGGAAGCGGAUUAAUGAUACUGGAAAGAACUGGCGGCAUGUCUAUAAGGCUUUGACUGUUCUGGAUUACCUAGUAGCCAACGGGUCAGAACGUGUCAUAGAUGAUAUCAGGGAACAUGCUUAUCAAAUACAGACUUUGUCCGAUUUUCAAUAUAUCGAUUCCAGUGGAAGGGACCAGGGAAACAAUGUCAGGAAGAAAUCUCAGAGUCUUGUGGUCCUAGUGAACGAUAAAGAAAGAAUAAUUGAAGUUAGACAGAAGGCCGCUGCUAAUAGGGACAAGUUCCGUAGUGCCUCAUCAACUGGCGGAAUGUAUAGGCCUGGUUCUUAUUCAAGUACAGGCGGAUAUGGUGACAGAUAUGAUGAUGAUCGCUAUGAAGGUCGUUAUGGAAGCAGGGAUGAAGAUAGGAAUGGCUAUGGGAGAGAGAGAGAAGCAGGUUAUAGGGAUGAUGACCGGUAUGGUAGAUAUGGGGACUCAUACAGUCGUGAUGGUGAUCGUUAUGGCAAAGAUAAUGAAGAACGGUACAACAGAGAUGGUUACAGGGAUGAUGAUUAUCGGGGAAGAAGUCAGAGUGCUGAUGAUUACCAAUAUGGCUCAAGAAGUAGGAGCUUCGAUAGAGAGAGAGAUCGUGCUUUUGAUGAUGAUGGUCAAUAUUCUUCUCGAGGCAGUGGUGUCAGGGCGGAUGACCAAUCUUUGGAUGGAAGGAGACUUGAGCGGAAAUUUUCUGAACAGCAUAUUGGUGCUCCUCCAAGUUAUGAAGAAGCUGUGAGUGAGUCCCGAAGCCCUGUCCACAGUGAAAGGGAUGGAGACACUUCAGCAGCAUAUGCUCCCAAAGAUUCGUCAACUGUUAACAAUAUUCCAAGCCAUGAAACCACUGUUCACAGGACUUCAGAAUCUCCUCAAAACCAGGAAGUUGGGCCUUCUGAUGAGUUUGAUCCUCGCGGUCCAGUUUCAGGUACAGAAAACAAUAUAGCUGCUCCAGCUACCAUAAACAAUGCCGAGAUGGACUUACUUGGCUCCCUUUCCGAUUCAUUUCCCUCAAAUUCAUUAGCCAUUGUGCCAACUACAUCUGUGACCACAUCUUACGAGGCUGAUGCCCACACAAACUCUGCUCCAGCAACCAGUUUUGUGGCUGCAGUUUCAGCCGCUAAUGGUGUCAAUCAGCCUUUUGAAGAUCCAUUUGGUGAUUCUCCUUUCAAGGCCAUUCCUUCCUCCGACAGUUUCCCUACCCAACAGCAGACUUCUGCUCACACUGAUUCCUUCCAGCCUACCAUCAACCAGAGUGCUGAACCACUCCAAUCUGGUGUCCCAAAUGCCAAUACAGUCACAAACUUUGGCUUUGGGGACACAUUUUCUGGCCUUACUUACUCUGGACCCAGUGGCUCUAAUACUCAACCUCCAACAAAUUCACAGUAUUUACCUCAAGAGCUGUCCACUCCACAGCAGAACAAUGAUAUUCUGGCAGACAUCCUCCCUCCUGGACCUUCACCUUCGUUUACUUCACAGCAAGCUUUUUCGGGUCCAACUAGCCAGCCUGGACCGCCAACUGCUAAUAUCUACAACACUUUCCCCGUACAAGCAGGACCUGUAGCACCUCAGAUUCAAGCUGGUCCUCCUGGACAGCUCAGCAGUGGAAGCUUCCUUCCACAUGGUGGAUCUAUGUCUCCCCCCACUUCUCAAAUGGUUCCUCAAACUCCAGCUGGACCAAUUGCACAGCUUAAUGGUGGAAACUUUUUUCCACAACAGGGAGGAUCUAUCACUUCACAUAUGACUCAAGCAUCUACUGGACCAACUGCGCAGUUUAACAGCAUGAACUUCCUUCCACCACAGGGUUCUGCACCUGCAGUUACUGCACAUAUUGCUCAUCAAACUCCCACUGGACCAGCUUUACAGCAGAACAAUGAUUUCCUUGGUAAUUUGCUUCCUCAAGCAGGACCAAAUGCCCCUUUGGCUUCACAGCAAACUCUUUUGUCUUCAACAGGAUCACUUUCAAUUGUUCCUCAACCGGCCAAGGACAAGUUUGAGACCAAGUCAACUGUUUGGUCUGAUACACUAAGCAGAGGGCUUGUCAAUUUAAAUAUAUCUGGACCUAAAAUAAAUCCUUUGGCGGAUAUUGGAAUUGAUUUUGAUGCGCUUAAUAGGAAGGAAAAGAGGAUGGAAAAACCUACUACAAGUCCUGUUACAUCUACUGUCAACAUGGGUAAAGCUAUGGGAUCUGGUUCUGGGAUGGGCCGUGCUGGUGCAAGCGCCCUCAGACCUCCACCAACUCCUAUGAUGGGCUCUGGAACCGGUAUGGGCAUGGGCAUGGGCAUGGGUGUGGGCAUGGGUGGUAGACCUGGUGCAGGCAUGGGCAUGGGCAUGGGCAUGGGGGGUUAUGGAGGCAUGAAUCAACCCAUGGGUAUGGGUAUGGGAAUGGGAAUGAACAUGGGUAUGGGCCAAGGAGUUCAGAUGCAACCACCAACUGGAUUACCUCCUGGUUCAAGCAUAUCUGGUGGUUAUAACCCCAUGAUGGGCACAGGUGGUUAUAUGCCUCAGCAGCCUUAUGGCAGCAGCUAUCGAUGAGUUUGAGCCAAAGUCUCUCAUUUUGUGUGGGAAAAAAGUAAUUAAUACCUGUUUUGUUAUAGGGUGAAAAAGAAAAGAUUGACAUAGCAAAUCCAGCUUUACUAUUGAAUCAGUCUACAAUCCACUCUGGUCCGACUUUUGGUAUACAGUUCUGUAUUUUUGCUCAAAAAUGUCAAUCUUCUGGAAAAGGGUGGAAUGGUGUAUGUCAAUUCAUUCUCUCUCUUCCUUACCCAAGCAUUCCUUUUGGGUCAGGAGAGUUGUGUAGGAUUGCUGAUUUCAGCUGUUGUGAUAUUGUCUGUUGGUGAGGAUGACCUGUCUCUCUCUCUCUUUCUCUCUCUCUCCAUAUAUAUUUUUGUUACCUGUCAAACAUGUUUGGCUGCAUACUGAACAAUAAAUAUAAUGAUUCAUUUUUCUACCUUA